UGUGACGUACUGGUUUUUAGUUUUUGUGUUUGUCAGCUGGGCGGUGUUGUUCUCAAAGCCGGAAGCAACAAGAUGGCACCCAGCGGCCUGAAGGCUGUUGUCGGAGAAAAAAUCCUGAGUGGCGCAGUGAAGAGUGUGAGAAAGGACGGAGAAUGGAAGGUGUUGAUCGUGGACCAUUCCAGCAUGAGGAUGCUGUCUGCCUGCUGCAAGAUGUCAGAUAUCAUGGCAGAGGGCAUAACAAUUGUAGAAGACAUCAUGAAAAGACGAGAGCCCAUCCCCAGCCUUGAAGCCAUUUAUCUGAUAUCGCCGACAGAAAAGUCUGUGCGAGCGCUGAUUAAUGAUUUCAGAGACACCCCCUCCUUCACCUAUAAAGCAGCACACGUGUUCUUCACUGAUAUUUGCCCUGAUGCUCUCUUCAGUGAACUGGGGAAGUCUCGUGUCUCCAAAGUGAUUAAAACCCUGAAAGAAAUCAACGUGGCUUUCCUCCCCUGUGAAUCUCAGGUUUACUCCCUGGACAACCCUGAUUCUUUCCACUGCUUCUUCAGCCCUCACCGUGCCGCCGACAAGAAUAAGAUGAUGGAGACCCUGGCAGAGCAGAUCGCCACGAUCUGCGCCACGCUAAAGGAAUACCCGGCUGUGCGCUACCGCAAGGGUCCUGAUGACAACGCCAUACUGGCUGAAAUGGUGCUGGACCGUCUGAACGCUCACAAGGCUGACAAUCCCAGUAUGGGCGAGGGUCCGGACAAGGCUCGCUCCCAGCUGCUCAUUGUUGACCGAGGGUACGACCCUGUGUCCCCCGUCCUACACGAGCUCACCUUCCAGGCCAUGGUGUACGACCUACUCGACAUCCAGCAGGACGUUUACAAGUACAAGACAACAGGAAUCGGGGAGUCCCGAGAGAAGGAGGUUUUGCUGGACGAGGAUGAUGAACUGUGGGUGCAGCUGAGACACAUGCACAUCGCAGAUGUCACAAAAAAAGUAACAGAGCUACUGAAGACGUUCUGUGAAAGCAAACGGAUGAGCACAGAUAAGGCCAACAUGAAAGACCUGUCUCAGAUGCUGAAGAAAAUGCCUCAGUACCAGAAGGAACUGAGCACGUAUUCCACACACCUGCACCUGGCUGAAGCGUGCAUGAAGAAGUUUAAGGGAACCUUGGACUCGCUUUGCAAAGUAGAACAGGAUUUAGCGCUGGGAAUGGAUGCUGAGGGAGAGAAGAUUAAAGACCCGAUGAAGAACAUUGUCCCUGUGCUGCUCAACGCUGACCUGGAGCCACACGACAAGAUCCGAAUCAUCCUGCUGUACAUCUUCCUAAAGAACGGAGUCGCUGAAGAGAACCUCACCAAGCUGAUCCAGCACGCCAACAUCCAGCAGGACAGCAACAUCAUCAGGAACAUGCAGAAGCUGGGCACACCUAUCAUAGCCGGGUCGACCAGCAGUGGAAAGAUCAAACCAGAAAGGAAGGAACGCACCGAGCCCACUUACCAGCUCUCACGCUGGAUUCCCCUCGUCAAGGACGUGAUGGAGGAUGCCAUUGAAGACAAGCUGGAUAAGAACAGCUGGCCCUAUGUGUCUGACCCACCCCCGACCGCCAUAACCGGACAUCCAGUGAGCAGCGCCAGGUUCGGUCACUGGCACAAGAACAAGGCUGCGGUGGAGUACUGCACCGGGCCCCGGCUCAUCGUCUUCUUCAUCGGUGGAGUGGCGCACUCGGAGAUGCGCUGUGCCUACGAGGUGACCCGAGCCACGGACAGCAAGUGGGAGGUGCUGAUCGGUUCUACUCAUGUCCUCACUCCCACAAAAUUCCUGAAUGACCUGAAAAAGCUGGACCAGCCUUUGGAAGGGAGCAGCUGAGAAUCUUCUUGAGAAGAUUCCUGUGUCCUCACCGCCUCACACCCCCUCUCUGUCUUAUUCUGUAUUGUUACUAUUGCAGUGCACACAUAGACCUGGCACCACACCACACUUCCAUUUCUACAGCACACUUGUACAAUUACUUUAAUUCUGUGGGUCGAAAUUUGAACUCCCAUUGCAUAGCGGUUUUACUAUGAGUUUAAUAGGACACACCUGAGCUUGUUACCUAUGCACUGGUGCUAAUCAAGCUUGUAGUAAAACCUGGAAUGGGUGAAACUGCUGUGCAAUAGGAGUCUUAUUUCCAUCCCUGUACUUCCAAGGGUUGAAAUGUGAACUCCCACUGCAUGGCAGACAUUUGAGACGCUCCAGUACUGUCGGCCUUAACUGUAAUAUACCCAUUCCAUCAGCUCCACUAGCCCAGUCUUUAGGACUCGAUCUUGCCUUGUUCCAUUAUCAAGCUGGGGUUGCCUGCUGCCUUCUCUAUCGCCCAGAGACCAAAGAUCACCUACAUGUAUCACGUUCUUGAAUGAUUCCAGUUCACAAAUUUCUUAACCUACCUCCGAUAUGUCCCUGGUAGUAAGAUUAAUAGACCUUAAUGCAAUUCGAGGUCUAUGUUGCAAUCCUUGCAUUUUAUUGCUCGUGGACGAGAUCGCUUCUAAAAACCAAAAGCUGUGGACAGUACUUAUUUUAUCCAAUCACAAUAUAGCUACACACUUUUUCU